AAGGUCCCUGUAAAAGGACCUGGAAUUGUGAGUAAGGAGUACUUGACGAAGCUGUAUUACAAGUAUAACAAACUUAUACCUACGUCAACGAAAAAAAAAAAAAAAAAAAAAAGCUUCGUCGAAUACAUAAUUAUUCUUCAAUACUCCAUUCUCUCUGUUUUGCGUAUCAAAUCUUCAACUUCCUAAUGAACUCCCAGUUCUGUUACUAUCAAAAUAUUAAGCCUUUGUUUUUACUUCUUUACAAACAGGCUAGACUCAGCCCAACUGUCUUAAUAUCAAACUUCACCGCUUUGGCCAUACAUCAGUAAGCGAUGCGCGUUGCCGAGCAAAAGUCUGAGGUGAAGUUUAUUUUCCAAGGCCCUUGAGAUAUGGCCCAGCAAAAUGCGGAUAUAGCAGCUACAUACCGAGAGCUCUACCGCGCAAAGUUUCGGGACGAUAUUUUGAACGGCACCACGAAACCUUUCAUAGUCCCUUUACACUUCCUUGGCAUUUGGAUCUUGCCAACUCUAUACUUGGCUAUUCCGCACAGAAAUCGCCCAUGGGUAUACCAGGCUAGAUGGCUUGUCCUCGCUUGCGUUGUGGCUUUUAAUACCCACAUGAUAUUGAACGUCUCGAGCCAUAACUUUGCUUCUGCGUAUGGAGUUGGUCUUACGGCCGCUUGGGGUAUCGUGUGGAAUCUCACUGUACUAGUUUGGACUAAACCCCAGUGGGAAGCUAAACGUGUGGACAUUAGAAGGAAAAAGAAACAGAAGAACGGAAAGGACGAUGGAGAUAAUGAGCUGAGCGCUUACUCAUCUUCAACCAAGGAGCAGAGUCUACUAUCUGAUAGUGUUCAACAGAGAAAAAGCUUUCAAAAUGAAGACUCUAAAAAGAAUGCAAAGGAAAUCUCACCAAAUAUAGUGCCUCCGCUAGAGCGAAAUGGAAAUGGAAUCCGAGUAUCGUCCGAGCUUAAGGAGUUAGCCGAUAAACAAGAAUUUGAAUAUUAUUGGCAGGAAUACCCAGCGGACGCUCCCUUUUUGACUCGACUGGACUGGGCAUUCGACAUCGUCAGUACUUUUCGAAUGACGGGCUGGAACUGGUCAAUCCCCUGCAUACCACCUUACGCACCACCCCCUAAACAAGGCCCGUACCAGCUCCCCCUAAACACCGUCGGCCCGCACCGUACCAAACAAGGAUACGAACGGCAGCUUUCCUACACGCACUUCUUCACAACCUGUUUCUUCACCAUGAUCCCAAGCUACCUCCUCCUAGACCUCUGCGCAGUCCACAUGACAGCAGACCCCUACUUCAUCCUAGGACCCGAGUACAACCUCCCCCUCCCACCACACCUAUCCACCCUCCACCCCCUAACCCUCUCCGCGCAACGCACUGCCCUUUCAUUCCUAGGCAUCGUAUCCGCGCUCCAACUAGUCUUCAACUUCGGCUACCUAAUCCUAGUCUUCCUCCCCCCACUCCCCCAAAUCCUAGGAUUCCGCGCACAUCCACACCUCCUACCAACGCCCUUCGGAUCCUUCACCCGCGUUCUCGACCGCGGACUCGCGGGUUUCUGGGGCGAUUGGUGGCACCAGACCUUCCGCUUCGGGUUCGCGGCGCCGGCCAACUGGUUACAAAGAAAUGGAUACGUCGGAACCCCGGGGAGUACAAGUGCUAGACUUACGGGUGCGCUGUGCGCGUUUGUGACGUCGGGCUUUUUGCAUGCUUCGGGGAGUUAUAGUACCGUGCCUACGCAUACGAAGUGGUGGCUUCCGCCGCUGUUUUUUGUGUUCGCGGGGGUGGGUACUACGUUGCAAUCUUCGCUUUGCCGUGCCCCGGUUGUAAAGCCGUUUAUUGAACGUAUGCCACGUUGGGUAAGGCGGUUAGGAAACCUGGCAUUUGUGCUGGGGUGGAUGUGGGCCACGAGUUGGGCGCUGAUUGAUGAUUUCGGACGUUGUGGGUUAUGGUUAUACGAACCAGUUCCCGUGUCCGUUUUCCGGGCGCUAGGUUACGGUCCCACGGAAGACCGUAGGGUUUGGAGGUAUGAGAGGGAUUUCUGGCCGAGAUGGUAUUGGGGGAAGCAUUGGUGGGAUACGGGGCUUGGCGUUUGAGCAUUUAGACUUGACUACGCGGCAUAGUGCAUAGCAUAUCAAGAGAACGGCUCGGACAUUAGAAGGC